ACUGAUUCAGCACGACCGACAGAAACGUUUUUGUCGACCAACCCAUUUCCGCCGACGAACCCGGAAGUUGUUUGUGUCUCCCUCUGGGAGUGAGGAGAGCAGCCCCGACACCUGUAACUUCUCCACUUUAUUGGAUAAAGCUGCUGCAGUGUCCCAGAUUAGCGUCACAUCAGGUCUGAGUGCAUGUGUGUUUUACGGUGAUGUACUGCUCCCGUCAAGAACUUGAGAAUGAGCUCUACCAAGAGGAUGAAGGAGACUCUGAGGGCUCAGGCGCCAACAGUGAGCUGGAGUUCCACCUCUAUAGCCAGCUCCACUACUCCUCCAAUCCUGGGGAGAUGGACGAGUUGGAGAGUGAAGAAGAAGAGGUCGAGGUUCGAAACAGCCAGCACCUGCAGGGGACUGAGGUGACCACAACAGAGGACGGGAAGUUGGACAACAUUGGAGAAAGUGGGCCUUUGUCACUUAAUGUAAGCAAACUACACGAACACCUGAAGAAGAAAACUGCAGACAAGGAUAAUACACAGAAGAGUGGGAGUGGGACUGAUUCUGAAGGUCAAAGGGGGCAUUCAUCACUAGUGGAAGAGGUUAUUGUAAUAGACUCUAGUCCUGACGUCAUCUCCAUCUCUGAGGAUGACACUUCAGAGGAUGAAGGGAUCUGCGUGUCAAAGGGUCAAGGCCCACGGCAGCUGAAGACUUCAACCCCAGCCCAGCAGGGAACCCUGAAGAGGAAGAGGGCAUCUCCUAUUCCAGUGUCUGUGCCCUCCAGCGGCUCCAGCUCAGAAGAUUCAAAAUCCCAGUCUGAGUCCGAGUCUGAGUCUGAGUCCGAGUCAUCGGACUCGGAAGCUCUACAGAACUGGAUGAUCUUGGGCCGAAGUCAGCAGGAUGGUGACCAGUCCAUCUCACUCAACCUUGAGAGAGGCUCUGACAGCAGCGCAGAUUCUGACGACGUAGAGAGCAGCUGGCUGGUUUCUGUCAAAGACAAGGAGGCUCAGAUCUGCAAUAAAGACAGAGGUCCCAGGACGUCGGUGCCUCGCGUGCCGAGCAGGUACUACACCACCAAGACCGUGCUGUGUAGAAACUGCAACAAGGCCGGACAUCUCUCCAAGAACUGCCCCCAGCCCAAAAAGCUAUCGCCCUGCUUCCUUUGUGGCACCUUGGGCCACCUGUCCAGCGAGUGUCCCAACAAGCACUGCAACAACUGUGGCCAGCCCGGUCACCUGUACAACGCCUGCAGUGAGAAGGCCUACUGGUACAAGCAGUGCCAUCGCUGUGGCAUGAAGGGACACUUCUUUGAUGCUUGUCCGGAGAUCUGGAGACAGUACCACGUCACAACUAAGAAGGGUCUCCCUGCAGCGGCUCCAACAGAAGACAGCGGCCGUUCUCCUGCCUCUUGCUACAACUGCUCCAGGAAAGGACACUUUGGCCACGCCUGUACACAGCGAAGGAUGUUUAACGGGGUGUAUCCCAGCACCCCAUUCAUCAACCACUAUGACACUGUGCAGGACAUCAGAAGAAGACAGAACAGAAUAAAUCUGAAGGCUGAAAGACUGAAAAAAGAAGGUUAUUUCUCCUCCGCUACUCAGAACCCUCCCACACCGGGCCCACCGAGGAAGAAACGGAAAAUGGACCAUCGGUCCAACCAUUCGCCUCAUCAAACCACUACCAACCACAAACCCACCCAUGUGUUUUUUACAGACAGUGACUUUAAGGAUGCGACUCCCAAAAUGAAUAAACACAACAAGCAAAAACAACAGGAAAGCUCUGGAAAAGUUAAACCAUGGAAACCUAAGAGACCAGUCCCUACCUCUAGGGACAAGAUCCCGCCAAAUAAGAUCAUUUUUGAUGAAUCAGCUGACUUCCCCAGAGGAGGAGACAAAAGACAGGACUUACGGAAGAAGAUGAAAAACAAGAAAAACAGCAGGGCAGAGCGUCUCUGUUGGUCUGUAACUGGGGAGAUGCAGGGCUCACAGUCAAAACAGAAUGGGCAGAAGAAAAAGAAGGGGGCUCAAGUCCAGAGGACUGCUAAGAAAAAGUGUGGUGGACCGAUGUAUCCAACAGAUGAGAACCUGUUCAUCAUUAAGCAGAGACGGCGCAGAUAGCGUCAUUAUCGGAGGCUGUGACGAUUUUUAUGAUCGGGAUGUGACUCUGGCAAAAAAAAACUGACUCUGAAAAGAGUCAGUGUUGUUCACUCAUGGCAUUUUCAUGUGUCACAGUAAAAAAAACACAUUGAUGUCUGCAUUCAUUUUCUUUCACACUUUUCUUACUGUGACAAGUCAAAACAUUUUGUUGUCUCAAGCCUAAUUAUGUCUUUCAUUGUCCUCUAAUUCAGACAGUAAAGUCUUAUUCGGACACUGUGGGGGUAACAAUCCAGUUACAACUACCGGUUGUUCAGUAAUAAUUUGAUAAACAACAAUUUAAUUCCACAGUCGACUUGUAUUUUUAAAUAAAAAAAUUGAUUCUUUGCAUUGAACACAUUUUAAAUUGUUGCUGCUUUUUGCAGGUGAAAAGGUGACAUUUUAAAAGUACCAUUAAUAUUUGCAGUUCAAUGGAUGCCUUAGUCCUUUAACACUCACUAAAUCAUACAUGUAAAUCUAAAUAAAAUAUAAUGUCAUUAUGACCAAUAUGUUUAAUCAGCGGCACACACAACUUAAAAUCAGGACAGAGCAGCACGUGUGUUUUUGUUAACACAUGGAACCUUAACAUCAGUGCAUGAAUGUGCUUCCUCUCCCUUUUAUACAGUAGUUCUGUAACUGAGGUAAUAAAAUAACAUCCAUCUGUUCAUCUUAAA